AUGCCGCGCCACAUAAGGGCAGUUUUGUCAAAAAAGUGUAAAGAAAACUUGGGUAGAGAUGUUCUUGAGUGGCCUGCCAAGAGUCCCGAUCUCAACCCAAAUGAGUACCUCUGGAAUCUUUUGGGCGAUUGUGUGCGUUCAAGAUCCUCUCAACCAACCACACUGAAGAAGUUAGAGGAGGCUUUGCAAGAAGAAUGGAAAACUGUAAGCCUGAAUGUGUGCGAGAAGUAUUGCCUUACCCUACACAAGAGAGUGAAGGCAGUUAUAAGAAACAAAGGUGGUCAUAUUCCAUAUUAA